CUGGCGGGAGACAAAACCAAGGACAGGCAACAAGAACAUCUACCUGUAAUUAAAAAAACAACAAACUAAUAUUAUAAACCGUGUACCUACCUACUUACCUCGAUGCUUUCGCUGCCCAAAGUUCUAUUUCUUAUCAUUUUAAAUGACUAACACCCCUUUUGCCUUUUUCUUCUUUGUUGCUUCCAUUCCAUGGCUUCCCAUUUGUUUCUUCAACUGCCCCAUUUCUCCUAUUACACACAAACUUUUCAAUCUUCUUAUGGAUGGGAUUGGAAGCCUAGUUCAAGUACAUUCCACUGCUCAAACUUCCACCCAAGGCUGCGGGGGAGUCAUUUCACUGCAAAGAAGAGCAGCUUACUUGGAUUGUGGUUUGCUGGUUAUACUUCUUCAAAGGCUAUACUUCUAGGUGCAUUAUCAUCAGUGUCAUCUUCGCCUCCUUGUGAUCCCUCUGAUACUGGCAAUGAGGCUCUUUUACCUGAGGCGGAUUCUCCUGCAACCAAAUUCAAUAGGGUGAAUUGUCUUCUUUGGGUAUUACAUGAAUCUGCCAGAAGCUUUUCCCUUGCUGUUGAGUCACUUGAAUUGGAUGGAACCAGUGCUGAGCUUGCAAUGGCUUGGAAUGGAAAGGACGUGCAUCAAUGGCAUAAACGUAUCGCUCAUCAGGUAGCUGUUUAUGCUAUGUUGAAAACCGUAAUCGAAGUGGAGAUUUUGCUCUCUCAAGAACGUCAUAACAAUCCAUCCCCAGUUAGAAAGAUUUUGACGACAGAGACAGAUUCAUUAGAGGAAUUCAUUGAAAGUCGGUUGAAACUGAGACAUCCAGAAUUGGUAGAAUGGUUCAGAGUGGUGGAACUUCCACGGAUGGCAGAAUUUUUCAAUCCAUUGUUAAAGAAAUGGUCUACGGAGUAUGCAGGAAGUGGCGUUGCAGGAAUUAUUGUGGCUAUAAGCUGCUGUGCUGCUGUAGAGAAAUUGUGCUCUGAACAUAUCUCUUGUCCCUUGUCUAAAAUAUUAGUAGGCGAUGCUAUAACGGAGCUUAUGGAUCUUUCACAUGGUAUUGUUUCGGUCGACAAAUUACAUAAGUUAGCUACUGAGGCAGGAUUUGAAACUCAUUUCCUGUCACAUUUUGGAGCAAAGGUUCUGUCUGGCAAGAAGAGUGAUGAUCUGGAAUUUUGGAUAGGGUUGGCUCAGAGAAAACUCUCAGUAGCUUUCACCAAAGAAACCACAAUUCCAGGCAAACUGGUAUUUAAUAGCAAGGUUCAAGCAGAUAGCUUGGCUACGUUAGGACUUUUUGCAUAUCUAGGAAGGCGGACUAGAUUGUUUUUGUCGCAAUUGCGCAUAAACGAUCUUGAUGAGCUGGUGAAGGACUUCCUGAGCUACUUGGAGUGUGGCAUCCUUUUCAUUUACCCAGAAUUCUCUUCCAUAUCAGUUUACCAAUUCUUCAUGGAGGUAGUAACUGAUGAAAUUGGAUGGCUUGAUUUUUAUGAUACAAUUUCUUGCACAAGGUAUUCUGAGAAAGGAAGGUCCAAGCAGCACACGAUACAAGCAGAGAAAGAAAUCAUAUUGUCAAAAGUUUUUACUGUUUGCUAUGAUGUGUUUUCUGGGUUUGCUCACUUCAGCCGCUCAACUCAGCAGCCCUUAGAUUCUCAGUUGUUAGCAUUCUUGCUCCAGAGCCAAAAGCUGUUAUGUAUAUGUCUGGAAGAUUACUGGGCUGCUUACGAUAGAUCAGGCAGGGAACCAUUAAAGAUUACAAACUCGAGUGACUCUAAGGACGGACCAUCUACGGGAGCUAUUGGCAGUGGCACAACCCGGUUUUCAGAGGUCUUGGAAGCACUGACAACAGAAGAACCUCAAAUUGAUGAAUUUAGACAUUUGUGUCUGACGAAAAGGCUGCAGCUCUUCGGUUCAGCCGGGAAAGAUACGGUAUCCUUUGAGGAGGGAACUGGCAUCUCCAAGUCAAGCUCCCUGAAUGAAAGUUUAAUUAGAAAAUACUGCAUCAAAUUGAUUGCUUCAAGUAGGGAUGUAUGUUUGGGAACUCAGUUGCUAUUUGUCGACAUCACAGUUUCCCUUGAGCUACUUGCAAAGCAAUUGCGUGGACAGAAGGUCACAGCCAGAGAAAAAAGGAAGUUAAAAAGAACACUGAAUGACAUUGCUACACUUAUCCCUGUUACAAUUCUAAUGCUUCUUCCUGUAUCAGCUGUAGGCCAUGCAGCAAUGUUAGCAGCGAUCAACAAGUACAUACCAUCUUUGAUUCCAUCACCAUAUUCGUCUGAGCGUUUGGACACUGCGAAGCAACUCAAAAGAACCAAGAAGAUGGAUGUUACAUCGUGGAGCAACCUCCAAGACCCUAACUCUAAAACACCUUAAUUUAAAUCUUUUCUUCUCGGGCUGCGCCACUAAAUCCCCUUUGGACAUUUGAUUAUACUGACAUUACUUUGAGAUCACAAUUUGUACUUGUACAUACACAUUGAUGUGUAGAUAUGCUAAGCAGCGAAUAUUACUUCGGAUGAAAUAGUUAUCCGGACUUUUCAAUUUUCUUUUACACAAUCAUUCGAUGUUUUAAAUCUAUGUGCAAUUCAUAUUUGUCAUUA